AUGCCCUCUUUGAUAGUACCACAGCGAAUUUCCGUCAUCUUUAGAAGCCAUGGAUUGUGUUGCUGGAGACUUAAUACAGCGAGAACGGUGAUGCCCGUCUGUAAGCGCACAAUAUCGAGUCAAAAUGACACUAGACAAGUCAGUUCCGAGACAAAAAUAAUGCAGGGUUUUUAUACAAUACCGAACAUGUUGACGUUGACGAGAAUUGCUGCCGCACCGCUAAUUGGGAGCUGUAUUUUGUCAAGUCAGCUCGGAACAGCACUGGGGCUUUUUGUAUAUUCUUGCGUGACAGAUUUGAUGGACGGGUAUUUGGCGCGGAAAUUCAAGAUGCAAUCUGUCGCUGGUACGAUUCUUGACCCAAUGGCGGACAAAUUUCUUAUGCUUGUGACGACACUUUCACUUUCGAUUCCUGGUGGCCCACAGAUAAUUCCUGCACCAGUCGCAGGGCUCAUAAUAGGCAGAGACGUGCUAUUGGCGAUUAGUGCGAUUUAUCUAAGAUUCAUUUCGCUCAGAAGAGUGUAUGGCAAAGUGACGUGGGGCACCUAUUGGGAUUUUUUCAAAUAUCCAAGCGCGGUUGUUCGUCCUACCAAAAUAUCUAAGUGGAACACCUUUCUGCAAAUGUUGUAUUUGGGUUGCGGGGUCAUAUAUAUGAUACAGCAGCACCCGCAACAGGAAGUCGACAGUAACGAAGGAAAGAGUUCGUUUCAAAAGCGUUUUGCUACCAUUUUCGAUUUAUUCGGAUACCUUGUAAGCGCGACGACAAUCAUGAGCGGGGCAUCAUACAUAUUCAGCAAAAAUGCUGUAACAUUUCUGAAAAACCGUAGCCAUAAGGUGCGGUAG